AUGGCGGAGCCGCUUCUCGUUUUCAUCAUCCUCCUCUCACUCCUCUCUUUCUCAUCCGCCCUCCCGGCCCAGGCCGUCCAAGAUGCCGCCGAAAUCCUCUCUGAUUCCGGCUACGUCUCCAUGGCGAUGACUCUUGAGCUCGUCUCCGAGUCCCUCAUCCCUCAGUCCCCCUCGCUUACCAUCUUCGCUCCGCCGGACUCCGCCUUCACCAAAUCAGGUCAACCUGCCCUCUCUCUGCUCCAGUACCACUUCUGCCCUCUUCCCCUGCCCCUCCAAACCCUCAAAUCCCUCCCCCCCGGCACCAAGAUCCCGACUUUACUCUCCGGCCACUCUCUCUCCGUCACCACGCCCCCCUCCGGCGUUCCAAUUUCGCUCAACAACGUCAAGAUCACUUCCGGGUCGCCUAUCUACGACGACGGGUUCCUAAUCAUUUUCGGAAUCGAAAACUUCUUCGACCUCAAUUUUCAUCUCCCGACACCGACUCGGAUCCCCCUUCCAGAUCCGGUUUGUGGGUCUUCAUCCCCACCAACCUCCGCCAACGGCACAGCCACAGCUGGGUUUCCCGGAGCUUCCUGGUUCGAAGAAGCGAGUGAGAUGCUGAGGUCCCAUGGCUACAAUGUCAUGGCGUCGUUCCUCGAUAUGCAACUUCUUGGCUUCAAGAACUCGAAUCCGAUGACCGUGUUCGCUCCUCUCGACCAAGCGAUGGACAACCCACUGCAAGAAUCCUCGAUCUUUCUCCGACACGUCGUUCCGUGCCGGCUGAUGUGGAGCGAUUUGGCAGGUUUCAACGACGGCGUUGUGCUUCCGACGUAUAUGCAGGGUUUCGCCAUCACAAUCUCGAGGAAAGGCGACGUUUUGCUACUGAAUGGAGUUCCGGUCUUCUUCGCCAACAUGUACUACGGCGACACCUUCGUCGUUCACGGCCUCCGCGAGACUCUUGUGAUGCCAGAGACGCCGGAAGAUGCCGAUGAGUCUUCGCCGGGAAGUGGAAGAACCGACGAUGAGGUGCCGUUUGAUAAUACUGAAUUUUGA